CGGCUGAGAUAUGAAGGAGUUUGUGGUUCUAGCAGUCUUACUGGUGGCAGUGAGUGCUCUUCCCAUUGAAGAACGCAUCAAUGGCGAAAAUGGCUGGCUUGUUCCCCAGGCAGAUGGCAGUUUCCAGUGGAUUGAUUUGAAUGAAGCUGAAGCACUCCUAGAAAAUAGCCCAGCCAUCGAAGGACGUUCCAACGAAGUCACUUUCUAUCUCUACACCAAGCAGAACCCUCUUGUGGGCAAAGAAAUCACUGCCGAGAAGGCCUCCAUCGAGGACUCCCACUUCAACAAGAACCAUGGCACUCGCUUCGUGAUCCAUGGCUGGGGCGGACGAUACACCGAUAGGAUGAACACCAGAAUAACCAGCGCGUGGCUCUCAAAGGGAGAAUAUAACGUGAUCGUGGUCAACUGGGCCCGUGCCAUUUCCAUGGACUACGCCUCAUCUGUUCUGGCUGUUCCCGGAGCCGGAGCCAAGGUCGGCGAGAUGAUCAAGUAUCUGCAUGAAAAUCACGGCAUGUCCUUGGAGAGCCUGGUCGUCAUAGGACACAGUUUGGGUGCACACGUAGCCGGAUAUGCUGGCAAGACAGUGGGUGACCAGAGAGUCCACACCAUCAUCGGUCUCGAUCCCGCCCUGCCUUUAUUCAGCUACGACAAGCCUGACAAGCGACUGUCCGCCGAUGAUGCCUUCUACGUGGAGUCUAUCCAGACGAAUGGAGGAUUGAAGGGAUUCCUCAAGCCCAUUGGCAACGGUGCCUUUUACCCGAAUGGCGGCAAGAAGCAGCCAGGAUGCGGCACUGAUCUUGAUGGCACCUGCUCUCAUGGCCGAUCUGUGACCUACUAUGUGGAGGCUGUAUCCGAGGAUAACUUUGGAAGCAUCCGAUGCCAUGAUUAUGAGGCAGCGGUGGCCAAUGAAUGCGGUUCUACCUACAGCGGCGUUCGCAUGGGAGCCGUUACCAAUGCUUACAUGGUGGCUGGUGACUUUUACGUUCCGGUGAACAGCGAGGCUCCCUUCGGCAAGAUUGAAUAAAAAACUUGACAUUGAUAAAUAAAGAAAACAACGUGAGAAGUUUAACAACAUGAAUAAGAUA